ACGUGAAACAAGGAAAGUCGCAAUCUUUCUGAAUCUUCCACUUAUGCAAAUAUGAGACUCAAACACUAAAAUGGCCCACCGAACCCAGAUAUUUAUUACUAUUUCUUUUUACUCUCACCGUUCAUUUUCGUUAUUCGUUAAAUUCAAAACUCGCUUGCAAGAUGAAGAUGCGAUUUUGUUGUCUCUCCAGGGCGCCACUCUUUCCUCUCUCUGACGCUUAAGAAUGGCGUCCAGUCUUUCUCAUAAUUUUCUUCCUUUGCAAUCUCUGCAAGUGAACACGUUAUCGAAAUCUCAAACGCUAGCAAAAGGUCAUUGCUUUGCUCGCCUAAGAAUAGCACCCAAAUCUUUUCCCCAGAAAAACAGUACAACUUCGCUGGAAGCAAGCUCCCCCAAACCCACUCCGCCCCAGGAUUCUUCAUCUUCAGUUGAUUCCUCUACUCUGCUUCGUCGUUUCAGAAAUGAAUGGCUUAAACUUGAUAUCCUCGGGAUGGAUAUAUUGUCCAUUGCACUACCUGCUGUGUUGGCUCUGGCCGCUGAUCCCAUUGCCUCAUUGGUUGACACAGCGUUCGUUGGCCAUAUAGGAUCGGUUGAAUUGGCAUCAGUGGGGGCUGCAGCAUCUGUGUUUAAUCUAGUGUCAAAAGUUUUCAAUGUUCCUUUGCUUAACAUCACUACGUCUUUUGUUGCUGAGGAGCAGGCACUGAUUCGCAAGGAAGAAGACUCUGAUCAAAGUAAUGAUAAUGAGGUCCUGGGUAAGCACCAAAGCAAGAUGCUACUUCCUUCAGUGUCAACUUCUUUAUUACUUGCUGCAAGCCUUGGAAUUGCUGAAGCUGUGACCCUUUGCUUUGGCUCUGGCAUCCUUGUGAAUAUCAUGGGUAUACCUGCUGAUUCACCAAUGCAUGCACCGGCUGAACAGUUUCUUACCUUGAGGGCCUUUGGUGCUCCACCUGUUGUGAUUGCACUAGCUGCACAAGGCACUUUUCGUGGAUUUUUGGAUACGAAGACACCUUUAUAUGCCAUCGGUGCUGGCAACUUACUUAACGCCAUAUUGGAUGUGAUGCUUAUUUUUACUUUUGGUCUUGGCAUUAGUGGUGCUGCUAUUGCAACUGUGACUUCUGAAUAUUUAAUUGCUUUUAUUCUUUUAUGGAAAUUGAGUGACAAAGUACUGCUAAUUCCUUCUGACUUUGAUGGGAGAAAAAUUUUCAGCUACCUGAAAUCUGGUGGUCUUCUUACAGGUAGGACCAUGGCUGUGCUUGUGACUAUAACACUGGCGACCUCUAUGGCAGCCAGACUGGGUCCUGUACCUAUGGCUGGUCAUCAAAUUUGCAUGCAAGUUUGGUUGUCAAUGUCUUUGCUGACUGAUGCUCUGGCACUUGCUGGUCAGGCUCUGCUUGCUGGGGAUUACUCCCAAGGGAAUUAUGAGCAGGCUCGCCUUAUUGUAUAUAGAGUUUUACAGAUUGGUUUGGUGACAGGAAUUGCAUUAUCAAUGAUCUUAUUCCCUGGGUUUGGAGCAUUUUCCAGCUUAUUCAGCACAGACUCAAAGGUUCUGGAUAUUGCUCAGUCUGGUUUAUUGUUUGUUGCGGGAUCUCAACCAGUAAAUGCUUUGGCAUUUGUUAUUGAUGGGCUUUACUAUGGGGUGUCAGACUUUGAAUAUGCUUUUUACUCUAUGUUGAUCGUAGGACUAAUUUCAUCAGUGUUCCUGCUGGUGGCUGCUCCGGUACUUGGACUUCCUGGAGUCUGGACAGGGCUGUUUCUCUUUAUGACUUUACGUGUUCUUGCUGGAGCAUGGAGGUUGAGCAGCAAAAGUGGACCAUGGAAUUUGGUAUGGCAUGAAGACGGAACGGGUGACUGAUUCAUAGGAAUCCGGAGUUUCUCUUAUCUGAUGAAACAAAAGCCAUGAAAGGUGGUCACAAACUCUAAAAUAUGAAGGUGCUGUAGACUGAUAGCAAAUUAUUAGAAUACUGUUUUAUAUCUGAAAAGCAUUUGUCACAACGUUUCUUGUUCAAGUACGGAAAGGAAGAAUGGCCAAAAGAUGCAGAUGAUUGGUGAAAUAUAGCCAAGCAAAUGCCCUUUGCUUUCUGGUUUUUGAAGAUUUAUACUUACAAGAUUACUACUUCUGUAUGGCCUCUUUAUGUAAUAGCUGCAUAGGAGUUAGGCACCUGGUCUUAUCUGUAUCAGCUAUUUAAAUUCAAUGUAAGUUGAUGUCUCUUUUCUCUUGAGAAUGAACAGUGAUUCUUCAUUGCUUUGAAAGGGAUUGACAAAUUAAAUUGGAAUUCUUCAUUAUUAA